CUGCUGUCGAGCUAAACGUCAGUGUGUUUUCCUGCUUGCUGUCCCGGGACACAGCUCCACCUACACCACCUAAAGAAGAGGGAGAGCUUUGUUUUUAAAAAGAAAGAGAGGACAUGGAUCAAUGAGAGGAAGCGGUGACCCUGCCCUGCUGACACCCUGCUUCUCCUGCCCUCCCCCAAACUCUGCCCCCCCACCCCCUGUCCCGUUUGGGUCUCAGUGCUGCCGGCGGUGGAUUGGAGCACUCUAAUUGGAGGCUUUGCGAGGUGGUUUUUCGGUCUGGCGCCGCCUCCCCCCGGGGCCGGCGUGCGCUCCCAGCAGCCCGUGGUGCCCUGCGCCCCCCCCUCCCCAUCACUGCACACCAGAGCCAAUGCCCCGGGAGGAGGCGUGGUGCGUCCUCCAGGAGCCAUGUGCCUCCCUCACACCAACAACAUGGACAGCAAGCUACAGGGGACGGGGCCGGGGGGAGGGGCUUCACUUCGCUCACGAGGAGGAGGCGUUCCACUGGAGCCCUUCAUACACCAGGUGGGGGGUCACACCAGUAUGAUGCGCUACGAUGACCACACGGUGUGUAAGCCCCUAAUCAGCAGGGAGCAGCGCUUCUACGAGUCUCUGCCUCCAGAGAUGAAGGAGUUCACUCCGGAGUAUAAAGGUGUGGUGCUGGUGUGUUUCGAGGGCGACUCCGACGGCUACAUCAACUUGGUAGCUUACCCUUAUGGAGAGAGCAACAUGGAGGGAGGGGCUGGAGAGCACGAGGAGCGUGAUCCCCCUGAGAGGGAACAGCCGAGGAGGAAACACUCCCGCCGCAGCCUUCAUCGAUCAUCCUCCACCUCAGACCACAAGGAAGAGCGGGCAGACAGGAGGGAGGCGCAUGACACAGACUCCUCUGAUAAUCUUGGAGAGCUGAAGAGUCCCAGACUCGACCCAAAGAUCCACUCAGACGUCCCCUUCCAGAUGUUGGACUGGAACAGCGGUUUGAGUUCGGAGAAGAUCAGCCACAACCCCUGGAGCCUCCGCUGCCACAAACAGCAGCUCAGUCGCAUGAGGUCCGAAUCAAAGGACCGCAAACUCUUCACACUUCUACCAGAGUUCCUGUUGUUGGAGAACGUGGUUCACCACUUCUCUUACCCCUGCAUCCUGGACCUGAAGAUGGGCACCAGGCAGCACGGAGACGACGCCUCCGAGGAGAAGGCGGCCAGGCAGAUGAAGAAAUGUGAACAGAGCACUUCAGGGACGCUUGGAGUCAGAGUGUGUGGCAUGCAGGUGUACCAGCUGAGCACCGGUCACUACCUCUGCAGGAACAAGUACUACGGCCGCGGCCUGUCGAUCGAGGGCUUCCGCCAGGCCCUCUACCAGUACAUGCAUAACGGCAAAGGCAUGAGGCGGGACCUCUUUGAGCCGAUCCUGAAUAAGCUUCGCAGCCUGAAGACGGUGCUGGAGAGGCAGGCGUCGUAUCGCUUCUACUCGUCGUCACUGCUCAUCAUCUAUGAGGGAAAGGAACCUGAGGGCCCUUCAGUCCUCGGCUCUGGGCAGCAUUCAUCCUGGCAGAAGACCCCCGCGGCCCCCGCAGAGCCCCACUGUGUCCCCGUUCCGCACGCGCCUCCAUUCCCCGACGCCCCCUGUGAAACGGACAUGAGUCAGAACCCGGGGCCACCGCCCUCUCAGGGACCUGGGCUGACGGCUCCGCUCCCCCCCUCGUCUCAUCCUCCCCCACAGGCCCCGCCCACCAAGUCAGACUGCCACUCCUUCCUGCCCCCGCCCCCCUCGCCUCGCCCCCAUCCAGACUCCUCCGCGCCCUCUCCCGUUUUAAACCCCUUCCCGCCUCCCCCCGUUUCCCAGCCCCAGCAGCCCCCCCUGGUGGACGUUCGUAUGAUCGACUUCGCCCACUCCACCUGUAAGGGUUUCCGCGGUGACACGGCGGUGCACGACGGGCCGGACCGGGGCUACGUCUUCGGACUGGAGAGCCUGAUCGAGAUCCUGGAGAGCCUGCAGGAGGACAACCUGCCAUAGUCCUGAACACACACACGGAGACACACACGGACACACAAACACACACACACACACACACACACACACAGGGACACACACAGGGACACACACACAGGGACACACACAGGGACACACACACACGAACACAUGUUGUGAGUUUGUUCAGGUCGUACAGUCAGUGCAGGUUGUACUGCAGUGUUCUCAAUAACCGAGACGCCUCGGCUGUAAAUAUGGAACGGGCGGGGGUAAGGGGGGGGUCCUCCCAGAGCGUCACCAUGGCAACGUGGGCAUUCGACAGUCAAGUAGUUACUAUAGCAACGGCCAGGAGGUGGGACAAUUGGAGCUGAAAUGGCUGCAAUUUAAAGCUGAUAUAUGGAGAACCUGUCUGUCUGAGGCUCUGCGCAACACACACACACACACACACACACACACACACACACACACACUGCACUUCUAUUCUUGUGAGGACCCUCAUUUACAUCAUGCAUUCCUCACCCCCCCCCUCUAUCCUUUAACUUUUAACUUCUCAACUGAACAGCUAAAACCCCAAAAAUGUCCUCGCUCCUGAGGUCUGAAAUUCAGAUUUGUCCUCACAAAGAUAGAUGACUCGAUACACACACACACACACACACACACACACACACACACAUCCUGGGAACAGUUGUCUGUGGAGCUGUUUGACAGAGCGUCCUCUCUGAUGACCAAUCAGCUGAAUCCCAGGGACCGCCCACUGAAGUUGGCCAACACUCACGUUAACCCCCCCACACGCCACCCUCUUCUUCCUCCUCCUCUUCCUCUUCUUCUUCACUCCUUACCCUCCCCACUCACCCCACUCUCACUCCCUCUCACAGAUCCACUCCUCUUUUCUUCUCCCUUCUCUACAAAAACCAAACCUGGACAGGUGAACAGACUCUUUUAGCGUUACCUUGGAAACGCUCCCGGAAACACAUCCAAACAUCUGUUAAAGCAAUAGAUGGCGAUGAUAGACAGCGACUUUUUUUUUUUCUUUCUUUCUUUCUUCAGCAGUGCAGAGGGGCGGCGUCGUGCCCCACAGGGAGAUAAAAGUGCAUCAUAGAAGUAGAGUUUAAGGAGAGAAUAGAGAUGAUUUCUUUUAAAAAAAAACAAAAAAAAAACAAAACGCUGUAUUGUCCAUUUUUGGGGCUUAAUUCAAAGAAACGUUAGUAGUUGGUGUCCUGUAAAAAUCAUCCUCUGGGUUAUUGUGUAAUUUUGGAAGCAUAAGUGUUACUUUACCCAAAUUGUCUCAUGAUGAAACGUCUCAAAAAGGAUAAGUCUGGUCAUUUUCUUCUUUUUUUUAUGUCAACAAAUUCCACAAAAAGACCCAAAAAACCAAGAAUGAACUCAUCUACUAAACAAGUAUCUUAGUUUGUGUAGCCAAAGCCUGAAGUAUCUUAUGGCUUCGUGCCGUAGAGCUCCGUCGAUGUCCAAAAAAACUAUUAAAAAAACACAUCAGUCACUUAGUUAGUUACACCAGAUGACAUGAAAACACACACACACUGUAGUUUAUUUUAACUCAAUCCCACAAACAUCAUCCUGCUGCCAGAAAUACUCAAAAUAGCACCAAAUCAAAUUAAUCCUAAAUUAAUAACUCAAAUGAAUCCGCUGUUGAAAAUAGCAAACAAACACAUUUCCUAUUUGAUUAACACGAGUCCAGCCUUUUUUUAUUAUUAUCAUUAUUAUUAUUACAAAUUACACUAUAUAUUUGUGAGAUUUAAAGUUCUUUUUCUAAAUAUAUAUAAUUAUUUCGAUGACAUUUUUUACGCCUUUUAUUUAAUAGCAGACAGCAGAGAGGUGACGGGGACGUCAGUGGUUCACGAUCAACGCCUUAAACCCCUUAAACUGCCACGGUGAGCCUAAAAGGUCGAGUUUGAUCUUGAAAACAGCAGAUGACACAAAAAUAAUCUACUUUAUUAAGUCCAUUUAGUAGCUUUUCCAGAGCUUUCAGUCUUCUGUAGCAGAUGAAGUUGCUCAGUUGUUGUGGAUUUAUACAUGUUUAAAUUUUAUGGGGGUUUUUUUGUUGUUUUUUUUUAAAAGACUUCCUGGUGAUUGAAAGCUCCGGUACAUCUACUAAAUGCACCUUUAUAACACAAAUGUUUUGUCAUCAGCUGUUUCCAACGUCAACAAUGAACUUAAGGUGUUCAUUUUUAAACCCAACGUGAACGAGAAGUCCUGAAAAUGCUAAAAAAAAAAUUAAAAAAGGAAA